UCUCUCUCUCCAAAUCUAUCCUUUUUCUAUUCUCCUCAUCCUCUCUUCUUCUCUGCUCUCUUCACCUUCAUUCCUCUUCUGUCCCCUUGUUUCUUCCCACCUCAACUCAACCAAACAAAUCCUUUUUCCUUCUUUAUUAAUCAUUUUUUCUGUAUGCUUCCUUGUACUAGCCUAGCUCGAGCUAAGAUGAAAAGGUAUGUCUAUGGCACUGCCACUUCGGGGUUUUUGCCUUUGUCUGUGUCUUUCUUCUUCUUCUUGAUCUUUCCAUUGGGUUUCUCUUUGUCUUUGAACCAAACCUCCACCAUGAUAAAUCUCGCCCAGCACCUUAACAUCCCUGCUUUAUCAUGGGAUGUUGAGUUGCAGACAAACCCGUGUUUAUGGAAGGGGGUUCAUUGCAGCAGUGAUAAUUCUUCUGUAAUUGGUCUGUCCUUUAAUGGGUUUGGUCUUUCCUCUUCUGUGUUUUUGUCAUUUGUUUGCAAGAUUGAAUCUUUACAAUCCCUUGAUCUCUCUAACAACCAAUUGAGCUCAAUCCCAAUUCGAUUCAUCGAUGAUUGUGGAAGGAUCCCUGGUUUGAAGCUUUUGAAUUUUAGCAAAAAUGCGUUGGUUGGUCCUUUGCCUACUUUUCGUAGUUUUGCUGGGUUAGAAUCUUUGGACUUGUCUUUCAAUAAUCUGAGCGGUAGUAUUAGUUUGCAGUUCGGUGAAUUGCCUGCGCUAAGAAAGUUGUAUAUUAAUUUCAAUGGUUUCAGUGGUUCUGUUCCUGUAAACCUUGGAAAAUCCAUGGCGUUGGAGGAGCUGAAGCUUUCUGUGAAUUCUUUCCAAGGUGAAAUCCCCUUGGAAAUUUCGAAGUAUCAGAACUUGAGCCUCAUUGAUCUUAGUUCCAAUAAGCUUAAUGGGUCUAUUCCUGAGUCAAUUGGAAAUCUCACCAAGUUAAAGAUUUUGAUUUUGUCUUCCAAUAAUUUGGUUGGAGAAAUCCCCCACACCAUUGCAAAUAUCCCAACUCUGGUUCGAUUUGCAGCAAAUCAGAACGGUUUUGUGGGUAGAAUUCCUCCUGGAAUUACCAGACAUCUUAGGUUUUUUGAUGUUAGUUAUAAUAAGUUAAGAGGGUCUAUUCCAUCAGACCUUUUAUCACAGUCCAAUUUGCAGACUGUGGAUUUGUCUUAUAAUCUGUUGAAUGGUUCAAUACCUGAAAAUAUAUCAACAAGCCUGAUCAGACUGAGAUUGGGAAGCAACUCUCUCAAUGGGUUCGUUCCUUCUUCCUUCACAUCAGACCAUAAGUUGAUUUACUUGGAGCUGGACAACAAUAGCUUGACCGGUCUGAUACCGGUUCAGUUGGGUUAUUGCCAGAGUUUAGCACUAUUGAAUUUGGCUCAGAAUAAUCUUGAAAGUCAGUUGCCAAUGGAAUUGGGUAAUAUUAAUAGUCUUCAGGUUUUGAAACUUCAACUCAACAGGUUGUUUGGAGAAAUCCCUCCAUCAAUAUCUCGGUUACAAAAGCUGUCAACUCUCAAUAUCAGCUGGAAUUCUCUUACUGGUUUAAUACCUCCUUCGAUUUCAAACUUGCAAAGCCUUGCUCACUUGAACUUACAAGGCAACAAUCUUAAUGGUUCGAUACCUGACAGUAUCAGCAGCAUGGAUUCUUUGUUAGAACUCCAACUUGGAGAAAAUCAGCUCGGUGGAAGGAUUCCAAGGAUGCCAGAGAAGUUGCAGAUUGCUUUGAAUCUCAGCAGCAACCUCUUUCGAGGACGUAUUCCGAACACUCUUUCUCAACUGCAGGAUUUGGAACUUAUGGAUCUCUCAAACAAUAAUUUCACAGGUGAGAUUCCAGAGUUCCUCACUCAAUUGGGAUCUCUAACACAGUUGACACUCUCAAACAACCAGCUGACUGGAAUCAUCCCAGAAUUCAGACAAUGGGUUUCUGUCAAUACAAGUGGAAAUGUGGGUCUUAUCAAUGCUACAAAAACAAGCAAUUCUGCGAAGUCUCUGAACAAGAGGAAAUCAGUUGUUUUAGCAGUUGUUCUUGCUGUUGCAGCUGCUGCUCUUGCUGUUGGGGUGAGCGUAAUUGUUGCUGCGUCAUUCUCCAGAAGAUUUCUCAAGGUUAAUGAUCAGCAAUCACAGUCAGGGGAAGAUUUUCCACUCCCUCAGGUUCUGCAAGGAAAUCUGUUGACUACAAAUUCUAUUCAUAGAUCAAGAAUCGACUUCAUCAAAGCCAUGGAAGCAGUUACUGAUCCAUGGAACAUUGCGCUGAAGACUCGGUUUUCCACUUACUACAAAGCCACCAUGCCUUCUGGAGCAACCUACUUUGUCAAGAAGCUCAACUGGAGUGACAAGAUAUUCCAGUUGGGGAGCCAUGAUAAAUUUGAUAAGGAGCUUGAAGCUUUAGGGAAGCUGAACAAUUCAAAUGUCAUGACUCCAUUGGCAUAUGUAUUGACUGUCGAUAGCGCUUUUCUCUUCUACGAGCAUGCUCAGAAGGGUAGCCUUUUCGAUGUGCUUCAUGGUAAACAAGAAAACACAUUGGACUGGGGAAGCCGUUACAGUAUAGCAGUCGGAGUGGCUCAGGCUCUUACCUUUCUGCACGGACAUUCUUCUGGACCGAUCCUCCUUCUCGACCUUUCAAGCAGAAAUAUUUUGCUGAAGUCCCUAAAGGAGCCUCUCGUCGGAGACAUUGAACUCUGCAAAGUGAUUGAUCCCUCGAAGAGCACCGGUAGCCUUUCAACGGUUGCUGGUUCUGUUGGCUACAUUCCUCCUGAAUAUGCUUACACAAUGAGAGUAACAAUGGCAGGGAAUGUAUACAGCUUUGGAGUUGUUCUACUUGAACUUUUGACAGGAAAGCCAGCAGUUAGUGAGGGAACUGAAUUAGCCAAGUGGGUCUUAAACAACUCAAAGCAACAGGAUAAGUGGGAUCACAUCCUUGAUUUUAACAUCAGUGGAACUUCACAGGCAAUCAGAAGCCAAAUGCUUGCAAUACUUAAAAUUGCUCUCUGUUGUGUCAGUAUUUCAUCAGAAGCAAGGCCAAAGAUGAAGAGUGUGUUAAGGAUGAUCCUCCAUGCACGAUAAACUCCAACCUGAUGAAACAAAUCAGCCUGAUAGCACGCAUAGAUUGAUAAUCUCACUUUUGGUUUUCUCCAAUCACUAUAGAUAAUGGAAAAGCCUCUACAAAUUUUGCAGUUGUUUGCGGCCAACCUAAGAGUAAUUUGAAAUACAUCUGUAUAAAUAAUAUAUGGAUAGCAAGUUUGAGUAAUAUAAUUUCA